GACGGAGCGGGACGCAGAGGGGCGGUGAGAGGGGGACGCCGGGCGCAGCCUGCCGAGCGGCCCUUGGCCGCCCUGCCGACGGCCCGGAGCGGGCCUGACGCCGAAGGGACGCGGCUGCGGAGACCGGAGAGGGAGGCGCCCGCCGGAGAAAUAUCUACGCAAGAUGUUGACAUUGCAAACGUGGACGGUACAAGCCUUGCUCAUUUUCCUCACCACCAAAUCCAUAGGUGAACUUCUGGAUCCCUGUGGCUAUAUCGACCCCGAGGCCCCUGUCGUACAGCUCGGUUCUAACUUCACCGCCGUGUGUGUGCUGAAGGAGAAGUGCAUGGAUUACUACCGCGUCAACGCUGGUGACGUUUUCUGGAAAACAAACCAUGUCACUGUUCCUCACGAACAGUGCACUGUCAUAAACAAGACAGCGUCCAGUGUCACCUUCACCAACAUGUCCUUAUUAAGCGUUCAGCUCACCUGCAACAUCCGCACGUUUGGACAGAUCGAUCAGAACAUCUACGGGAUCCGAGUGACCGCAGGCUUGCCUCCAGAAAAACCUGAAAACUUGAGUUGCAUCGUGAACGAAGGGAAGAAAAUGACGUGCCAGUGGGACCCCGGCAGGGAGACGCACCUGGAGACGAACGUCACCCUGAAGUCGGAAUGGGCAACAGAGAAGUUUGCGGAUUGCAAAGCGAAGCGCGAGGCGCCCACCUCCUGCACUGUGGACUACUUGCCCGUGUACUUCGUCAACAUCGAGGUCUGGGUGGAGGCGGAGAACGCGCUGGGCAAGGCCGUGUCCGCGCACCUCAACUUCGACCCGGUGGAUAGAGUGAAGCCCAAUCCGCCACGUAAUUUGUCAGUGAGCAGCUCAGAGGAACUGUCCAGUAUCUUGAAAUUGACAUGGAUCAACCCGAAUAUCAUGGCCAUAAUGGGACUGAAAUACGACAUUCGGUACAGGACCAGAGAUGCCCCAGCUUGGAGCCAGAUUCCUCCCGAGGACACGGCGUCCUCCCGGUCCUCCUUCACGGUCCAGGACCUCCGGCCGUUCACAGAGUACGUGUUCAGGGUCCGCUGCCUGAAGGAGGACGGCAAGGGCUUCUGGAGCGACUGGAGCGAGGAGGCCAGCGGGACCACCUAUGAGGACCGACCGUCCAAGGCGCCAAGCUUCUGGUUUAAGAUGGAGCCAGGCGCAACCCGCGGCUCCAGGCCCGUGCGGCUCAUGUGGAAGCCUUUGCCUCCUUUUGAAGCCAAUGGGAAAAUCUUGGAUUAUGAAGUGACUCUCACGAGAGGGAAGGCCAGUCCACAGAACUACACAGUGAAGGCCACGGAGCUGACGGUGAACCUCACGGACGGCCGCUACAGAGCCACGCUGACGGCGAGGAACGGGGUCGGCCGCUCGGACGCGUCUGUGCUCGUUCUCCCUGCCUGCGACUUCCGAGCAACGCGCCCCGUGAGGGACCUGAAGGCCUUCCCCAGAGACGGCGCGCUGUGGGUCGAGUGGGCGGCCCCGGGCGAGCCCGCCAGCAAGUACAUCCUCGAGUGGUGCGUGCUAUCGGACAGGUCGCCCUGCGUCCCCGACUGGCAGCAAGAGGAGGGCUCCGUGCGCCGCACCUUCCUAGCAGGGAACCUGGCGGAGAGCAAGUGCUACUUAAUCACAGUCACCCCCGUGUACGCGGACGGCCCCGGGCUCCCCGAGUCCACGCGGGCGUACCUCAAGCAAGCCCCACCUUCCAAAGGACCUACUGUUCGGACCAAAAAAGUGGGGAAGAAUGAAGCUGUCUUGGAGUGGGACCAGCUUUCCGUGGAUGUUCAGAAUGGAUUUAUCAGAAAUUACACGAUAUUUUAUAAAACUAACAUGGGAAAUGAAACAGCCGUGCACGUGGACCCCUCGCACACGGACUACACGCUGUCCUCGCUGGCCAGCGACACGCUGUACAUGGUGCGGAUGGCGGCCUACACCGACGAGGGCGGCAAGGACGGGCCGGAGUUCACCUUCACCACGCCCAAGUUCGCUCAAGGAGAGAUUGAAGCCAUCGUCGUGCCUGUUUGCUUAGCCUUCCUGCUGGUGACACUCCUGGGAGUCCUGUUCUGCUUUAACAAGCGAGACCUAAUUAAAAAGCACAUCUGGCCGAAUGUCCCCGACCCUUCGAAGAGCCACAUUGCCCAGUGGUCGCCGCGCACGCCGCCGAGGCACAAUUUCAGCUCGAAAGAUCAGAUGUAUUCAGACAACAGUGUCACCGACGUGAGCAUUGUGGAAAUAGAAGCCAACGACAAGAAGCCCCUCCCGGAAGACCUGAAGUCCUUGGACCUGUUCCGAAAGGACAAGGCCGUCACAGAGGGGCACAGCAGUGGCAUCGGGGGCUCCUCGUGCCUCUCGUCCUCCCGGCCGAGCAUCUGCAGCAGCGAGGACAGCGCAUCGGCACGCAGCGCGGCCAGCACCGUGCAGUACUCCACCGUGGUGCACGGCGGCUACCGGCACCAGGCGCCGCCCGCGCAGGCCUUCUCCCGCUCCGAGUCCACACAGCCGCUGCUCGACUCCGAGGAGCUGCCACUGGCAGACUGCGUCGACGGCCUGCCACCCGGACACCCGCCCUUCCCGCAGAGCGGCAGCCCGCACGCCCCUGCUGCGGGCGCCUCGCAGUUCAGAGGGUGCGGGCGGGGGUCCCCUGACCACGAGGAGGACUUCGUCGCACACCCCACCUCUCGGGCCCACGUCUCUGGGCCGGGGAAGGCAUUUCCGGAGGCCCUGGUGGCAGAGGCUCUGGGCCCAGGCCCCGAGGGACCCAUCGAGGGACUGGAAACUGUGGGGACGGAGGCUGCGCUCGACGAAGGGGUGCCCAAGAGCUACUUGCCGCAGACGGUGCGGCGUGGCGGCUACAUGCCCCAGUGAGAGCCGGCGCCGCACGGCCACCGAGCUCAGAGGUGGCGGCCGACACCCACGGAAGGCAAGCCUUUGACCUGGAGGACAAGAACGGCCUGUGCUCCCCACGGCCGCCCCCCCGGGGAGCCGGGACCCACAUCACACACUACAGAGACCGACCCCCCACCCCCAGGGGCCAGGGGGCUGGGCCGCUUCGGGGCGUUCGCACUGCGGAGAGAUGGGAAGCUCCUCGGGCCUUCAGAGGCACUUUGCGCGGUUGCCUGGAGAACAGGCGUUUCAGUGACAAGCAGCGACGCUCUGUGUGCGGCCCUACUGACUGCAGCGAAGGCCGUCGGCCGGCGUCGCAGGGAGGGGCGGAGUGAGCCCACAGGGCCAGACCCCGCCUCGGCCGCCCGCGUCCCCUUUUCGACCCAGGAGGGCGCCCGUCUGUCGUCACGCUGACAGACCGGGCGCUCCCCCGCCAGCCCCAGGGCAGUGGCCUGCAGCCCGUGCCUGGCCAACUGCGGACACUCGUGUUGGAGUGGAGGAGCGUCCGCCACCUCAACGUUCCCAGCACGGCUUUCCCGGGUAGCGCCCUGUUGGAAGACGCGUUUCACAGACUCAGCAGCCUGCCCGGGAAGGAGCUGGGAACAGACUUCACAGGCUGUCUGAAGCAUUUAAAAAGUUCUUGCUAUUUAUAAAGGCUUAAAACAUUUUUCUGUAUAAACACUGUUGACCUUUCCCGUUAAGAUUUCACAGUUUGGUUGAUGAAGCACUUUAUACAUUGUCUUCAGCCUCAAAUAUAUUUCAGUUUAAUAUGUUUUGUUCUUAUUUUUCAGUAACCCAAGAUUGAAACUCCUUUCUUCUAGUAGGUGUUGAAAGCAAAUUGAGUUAAAGGAUUUGGGCUGUACCCACCCAAACAAAACCAGCCCCCCAAGAUGUACAUUCUGACCUUGGUCAGCGGUCACUGUCUGAGCGCCUGCUGGGCCUGAGGGGAGCGGACGCGAGGGGCACGGGAUCCAGGACGACCGCCCACCCCCGGCCGGCGCUGCAGGGGCGAGGGCGCGGGGCCUCCCGAGAAGAGACGUUUUGUGUUUCUGUCCUUUACGUUACAGAAGUGAGCCAAUUUAACGGAGUUUGUAGCAGCGACUGGACAACAGAAGGCCAAGGAAACCGGCGCACGACCACGGCUGCCACGCCGCCCUCCAAGGCCCCUCUCAGAACCUUGUCGCCGUCCGGCCUCUCUGCACUUCGUGCUUUGUCUUCUGGCCGCGUCCUUGCCUGAGGCCUUCCCCGGGGGGCACAGGGGGGCGGAGCGGGCGCUGUUGCGGCCGCCUGCGCGGGCGAGUGAUGGGCUUGGCCGUGGACGAGGACGCGUGGGCACGGGGGUGUCGGGGAGGGACCGGGCCUCAGGCCCCCGCCGCAGGUGACUGGCGUCGCUGCCACUCACACCAGUCGUCAGAGGCUGGGCCACAGCAGGACUAGGUGUAUCUCAUGAACGGCCGUCCCAGAAAUUUUUACCUAUUUGAGUUUUCAUUUCUUCAAGAUACGCAGUCACGGUACUGUAACCACGUUCAGUUGUAAUCUCCCUCACAAGAAACAGCAGUUAGAAGAGGGGACGUUCUAAUGUGAACUUGCGCACAGAGGGGCCGCUGCAGAACGUGACCUCCCGUGAGGGGGCCACUGAAGACAGGAUGUCGUCGGAACGCGUUUCUCCGUGGAGGUGUGGGCCGAAGGCAACGCAGCACGCGGACCCCGCUCCCGCCACAGGACCCCGGAGGCCAUGCUGGGUCUGAACCACGCGCAGAAAGUAAGUGGCUAUUUGAUCGCCAACGUGAAAUAUACAGCUUUACCCCCAGAAGAACAGGUGAAAUUGCGCUCCGUGCAGAAUGGCUUUGCGGUGGCCCGUCUUGCAUCAUCUCUGCUGCGCUGCGUGUCCACUGCGCUGUUGGCAGGGCCGCGGCUCCUGGCUCUGCGGUCGGUCUGUGUGAGACGUGAGGGGCUCAUUGCCGUCAACCGUCAGGCCUGCAGCUGAGCGUGAAGCCUGGCCAGCUCCUCAGAAGGCCUCCCUGCGGACAGAAUCCUCCCCC